CAAGACUACCAAAAGGCGCUGGUUACUUUUGCAAAGCAAAUUAGAGUGUUUUUAUCAGAGGGAGUGUUGUCUGAAGUGGAUACAGCAGUCUCUGUUCUUACCUCUCAAAACACAAGCGGGACACCUGAAACAGAGGUUUUCUUACCUGGUUGGGUUGACAUCUCGCUCACGUGACCGACGUUCUCGUCAGCCAUUGGCUGGUGAGGCGAUAAUACAGGUGACCUCUGCCUCGGUACAUUUUCGCAGCUGGCCAGUGCUUUGUUGAGGGGGUCCCGGGCCCUUAAGAGAUACAACUCAAGGAGCUAGCUCGUCAAAUUAAGGUCCGGGAGUGAAAUGACAAAGAAACACUUUCCUUCUGUGUUUUCUACACCAUCCAGGAAUCACAGGUGCCCUGUUUUCAUUGCUCGCGACAGGUGAUUUUCAGCACGCCGUCACCAUGCCCAGUCCGACUACAGACAGGAUGGACUUCAACCAGCCGUUCCAGGCAGCGGACAUCCUCCAGGCGCUAAAUGACAUGCGCGGGUUCAAGGUACUGACUGACGUCAUUCUGGCUGUAGAAGAAGAGGAGUUCCACUGUCACCGAGCCGUCCUUGCGGCCAGCAGCCCCUACUUCACGGCCAUGUUCGCAGGAAACCUGAGAGAGAGCCGUGCCGAGCGGAUCAAGAUGGAAGGCAUCCCCGCCGACACCAUGCAGCUUCACCUGGACUACGCCUACACCGGCCAAGUCACCCUCACACGCGACAACGUCUUCCAACUCUUCGAAGCCUCCGACUUACUACAAGUCUUGCCCGUCAAAGACGCUUGCCUCACCUUCUUAGAGCGGAUCCUAGACGUCUCGAACUGUAUAGAGAUUCGUAAGCUUGCUGAGAUUCAUUCUUGCGACUCGCUGUUUCGAAAAGCGAGAGACUUGGCCCGAAGUCGGUUCUCGAAAGUCAUAAAAACGGAGGAGUUUCUGCAGCUACCUAAACAGUACAUUGUAGACUAUCUGUCCGAUGAUGAACUGAACACGGAAAACGAAGAAGAGAUCUACAAGGCGAUUAUAAGAUGGAUCAAGUUCGAUCGGGAAGGUAGAUCGCAGGAUCUGGAUCAGCUGAUCGAGCUGGUUCGUCUGCCGUUCGUGACGCCGGAGUAUCUGAUCUCCAAGAUCGCGCUUGACCCGCUCGUGUACAACUCCGACGGGUGCGUCCAACAGAUAUACGAAGCGAGGGCCUUCCAGAUCUCGGGUACGUACAGAAGAGCGGUGAAGACGAGACAGAGACGACCGCGAAAGUGCAACUGUGUGGAAGUCAUGGUUGUAGUGUGUGGAGAGAAGAAGACUUUCAAAGGGUCGAGCAAGGCGCGGGAAGUGCCCUACUACGACCCAGUCCACCAGAGAUGGCGAGCUCUAGGUCCCGUGCCGUCUAAAGAUCUUCAAGUCUCCAGCGCUGUCUCCACGGGUUAUGACAUCUACAUCACAGGCGGACUGAUAAACGACAAGGCACGAAAAGACGCCAUGUGCUACGUGUCUUACCUCAACGUCUGGAAACCCAUCGCGUCCAUGCUGCAUCCGCGCUACCACCACGGUGCCGCGGUGCUCGACGGGAAGGUGUACGUCAUUGGCGGGUACGACGGCCAACGGUGUCUGGAGGACGUGGAGCGGUACGACCCCGAUACGGACAAGUGGGAGAGGCUCGCCCCUCUGGUCCACGCGGUGAAGUGCCCAGCCGUGGCCGCCUACGACCGCAGGAUCUACGUGUUUGGAGGGUUCUACGACGGGUAUAACAUCUCCCGGCAGCUGCAGUGCUACGAUCCCCAAAACAACUCCUGGAGUGUGGUGGAGUCGAACAUGAUAGACUACACCUGCGCACAUGCCGUCAGACUGGACAACAGGAUAUACUUACUAGGAGGCUCCUCUAAGACGGUGAAGGCUUACGACCCGUCUGACGACUCCAUCGUACGCGUGGCCGACAUGAACAUCAAGCGGGACAACUGCGGCGUCAGCGUGGUGGGCGGGAAGAUCUACGUGUCCGGCGGCGUCACCGAGUCCAACGGGCCCGCACUGGACUGCAUCGAGUGCUACGAUCCCAAGAAGGACGAGUGGACGUUUGUCGGACACAAGUUACCCUGCCAGUUGUACCGGCACGGGUUCGUCACUGUUCAGAUGUACAAGGAAGACAUUCACGCAGGACAAACUUAGGACAAAAAAUAUAGGAAUAAUAAUGACAAUUCCACCUCUUUCUGUGUUCUUAGGGGUGCGGUCACAUAGGUCGUGCGAUCGUCAUCAUAUUUGUACGGAACGAAUGCCUAGAAAUGAAUUUGCGUUUUGCGGCAUCUUUUCCUUCUACCCUAAAAUACAACACUUGCACAGUUAUCCUUGUGACUCCUUUGUUUUGAAAAUUACAUGCUUAGAUAUGAAGCUAUAUCCAAGACUGGACUUUGUAUUUGUAAAUAUGUGUUUACUGGUGGUAUACAUUAGGAUAAGUUAAGAUAUGUUUACGUUGGUAGGAACGGGAACAUCAAUAGGGGACAUGUAACGAUAAAUUCAACAACCAGGGAUUUUACACCAAAAAGUAGUUACUCAAGCAACUGGAUAUGGUUUUGGAAACGGUCAGACGUUUCGGAUAGAAUCCACUAUGAUCCCACCAAAAUGACAUUAAGGUGGUAGCAAAAUGGCAUAGAUAAUAAAGUUAUAGAAACCUACGUGGAAUAAUGGAAUAAGGAAUAAAAGUAUUGUUUUGUAUAUUUGGAAAUGUAUUGUAAAUGUACAGAGGAAUAAAUCAGAUGUUUAGU